GAACCAUGCUACAUGAUCUUAUCGCACCUGGAGCAAGCUUAUCGGUACUGCCCCGCGAUUUGAUGUCCCAGGGAUAUGAUGGAUUGGGACGGGUUGGGAAUACCCUCAUAAAAAACUUGCAUACAACCUCAAUAAGAGAAAACAGAAAAAUUAAACCUACAAACAAAAGCCUGAACUAUCACUCACCAAGCAAAACUAUCGAAAUCAAAAUGAAGCUCAAGGAGACCCAACGCUUGGAGCUGCCGCCAUCGGCGGAUAUGCACGUUCAUUUGCGCCAAGGCCAGCUCAUGGACCUGGUUGUCCCGAGUAUCCGCAAGGGAGGCGUAGAUACUGUUUUCGUUAUGCCGAACCUGCAACCACCUGUCACCACUGUGGCUCAGGUUCUCGAGUACAAGUCAAAGCUCCAAGCUCUUGACCCUGAGGUGACCUACCUCAUGUCCUUAUAUCUUCACCCCUCAGUGACCCCCGCCGUCAUCACCGAAGCCGCCGCCGCUGGCGUCACGGGCGUCAAGAUGUAUCCGCAGGGCGUGACGACCAACUCCGAGGCUGGCGCCGGCGCCGAUUUCCUCGAGGCCUUCUCGUCCGUGUUUGCCGAGAUGGAGCGCCAUGACAUGGUCCUCAACCUGCACGGAGAGGUGCCCGGCGUCGCCCCCUCCGAGGACCUUUCGCUCGAGGAGGCCUUCCUGCCCGAGCUCCAUCGCCUGCACGCAAAGUUCCCCAAUCUCAGGGUCGUCCUGGAGCACUGCUCGACUGCUGCCGCUAUCGAUGCCGUUAAGGCCUGCGGGCCGACUGUUGCUGGCACCAUUACGGCCCACCACCUAUACUUGACGGGUGACGACAGCGAGGUCGACCCGCACGCCUUCUGCAAGCCGAUCCCCAAGAAGCCCAAGGACCGGGAUGCGCUCCUCAAGGCCGCAGCCAGCGGUAACCCCAAGUUCUUCUUCGGAAGCGACUCGGCCCCCCACCUCCUGCCGACCAAGUCCAACAAGCCGGCGCCGGCCGGUGUCUUCACCCAGCCCUUCGCCACGCAGCUGGUUCUCCUUGCGCUCGAGGCCGCCGUCGAGCGCGGGGCUAUCGACGAGGCUGACGUCACGCAGGAGCACCUGGAGCAGUUCCUCAGCCGGGCCGGGAGGCGUUUCUACAAGCUGCCCGAACCGGCGGCUGGUAGGAUCGUGCUCGAGAGGAAGGGCGACAAGAUCCCCGCCAGCAUCAAGAGCGACGAUGGUGCCGUCGAGGUCGGCAUCUCCAAAGCCGGCGCUGAUGUCUUCACUCUGCAGUGGGUUUGAAGGAGAAGAAUACAAUUGUGAAAAAAUGUGCUGGCUUGUAUGGGCUUGGUUAUCGGAGACCUGUAAGACGCGUUCAUCGGGUUGGACAACGGCGUAGACAAAACUAGAUCUGAAUUAGAAUGACAUGUUCGGCAGUCCACUCUUUCCCACCUACACAGCGGCACGUGUUAGCAUUUGUGAAUUCCGUUAUAAUGCCAGCGCUGCCUGAUUCAACGUUCC